ACUAACAUGCCACCGUGCAAAUUUAUAAAGGCUGACAUGACACCUACAAGUGAUGAUGUUUUUUUAAUUCAAGGACUUAAAGAAAACGAAAAUCAAAUAGAUGUUAAACAUGAUUAUAUAUCGCCUACAGUUAUUAACAAUUUAGAAAUAAUUGAAAGUAUACCAAAUACUACCGAAUUAUCAAUGGUAACGGAAAAUAAAUGUCAUAAAUCAGAACAAUUCAUAUAUGGAAAUGAACCUUUAAAAUAUGAAAGUAAAUCUUUAACUAAACUUAAAGAUGAUAUAAAUAAUCACACUUGUACAAUAUUAAUGACACCAAAUACAGGGGAAAAUAAUGCAAUGACAAAAUACUCAUCAAAAAUAGAUCACGUUUAUGAAGAAGUCAAUGCUCUUGAAUGUGAUAUUAUAAGUUAUUAUGAAAAAUAUAGUCCUACGACAGCAAAAACAUUAAUAAAUACACUUUUUCUUCCUCGAUAUAAAAUUUGUAAACAAUGUGCCAAUUUACAAGGCAGUCCAGUAUAUUCUGAUCGUUUGAUAUAUGCAAAAAAGCCAUUAUAUGCAAAAGAAGUAUAUCUGCUUCAACAGAACGAAACUUUAUGUUUUAGAUAUUCUUCAAAAGAUACUAAAUGUGACAAUACAUUAUUUUUGCAAUACGAUAAUAUUCAACAUUGUUUAUUAGUUUAUAAUUAUUUAAAAACUAAUGCCUCUAGUAUAUUUUAUUUUUACGGCGCAUCACGAGAUGUAUUUGAUUUGAAAACAACAUUAAAACCAAAUAUUUUUAUUAUAAAUAGUAAUACCAGAGGAGUAAUAAAUACAGAGUUAUAUCAUCGUUGUGCAAGUAAUUUUUAUACGAGAAUAUCAAAUAAUGGCAUUAUACCUAAAGUGUUUCAUAUGAACCAUAAUAAUAUUUUAAGUUCUAUAAAACAUGUUGGAUAUGAUACUGAUUUGCAAAACUGGAUGAAUUACCGUAAUGAUAUUUUACGAUUGCACAAUCUCAAACAAGAUGAUGUAAUCGAUCAUCGCGCAAAUAGAUCCAGUUUAUUACUUUUAGAACCUCUAUUAUUAAUGCCAGAAUUAGGAAACUCUAGGUAUAGGCACGGAAAAAAUCGUAUUUCACAAUCAGAGCACAUAAAAAUAGUAAAGAUAAUAAUUGCCUAUACUCUUUCUUUUUUUAUUUUAGCAACAAUCACAUUUUAUAUAGUUUAUUUUACAUAAUGAAAUAUGUGAAAAAUAUAUUUAUUUCAC